AUGGCAAGGAUCUCUCUGUUGUUCUCUUUAGCCUUUGCUCUCGCACUUGGCUCAUUGUUCCUUUCCGUUUCCGGUCAUGCACCACCCGCACCGACAAGAAAACUGUCAUGUCCGAAAACCGUAUCCGAACUCCAGACUUUACCCUUUACCGAAAUCGCCAAGCUCCUAAACAGGAAAGAACGGUUGGUUCCAAAAACCGCCGAGUUCAAGGCAAUGUUCACAUUGUGCAAAGGCUAUGUUGCAUACCUCGAGAGCCUUUACAAGUUUGAGAAUCCCAUCGUAGAUGUUUUGGGAAUUGCCAAGGCCAAAUACGCGCUAAUGACAAAUUCGAUUCUUGCGGCACAAGCUACUGCUAAAGUCGAUAAGAAAGCUUCCUUGAAGCUAAAGAAAAGCUGUGUUGGUUUGACAAAAGGGUUUCUUCAGAUUCAAAAGACGAUCGUUAAGAUCUCAGCCAAACAUGAUUACAAGGCUGAUGCUAAGAUUACCCUUCGCGAAUCAAAAAACAUCGGUGAGGCACUGAUAAAAUUCAAGAAAUCGUUGAAUGCUUUCAUUGAUGUAGUCUGCGAUCUUGACAAGAAGAAGAAGACAGUUCUCCAUCGUGCAAGAGCACUUGAAGAAGAUGGAGAUGAUGAAAGUGGAAGUGCUUUCGACAGGUUUCUGAAGAAUUUUUCGGACAAGUUCGGUGGUUAUCUCGGAGGUAAACCUCAUGGAAGAGAACUAGUCGAAGCUGAUGUCAAUGCCAACUCUAAUGUUGGUGCUGAUGUCAAAGGAUUUGAAGCCCUUUACGAGAAAUUUUCUAACUACUUUGGUGGUUAUCUCGGAGGUGACAGUACACACGGAAGAGAAUUAUUAGCUGAAGCUCCAUCUCCAGUCAGCGACGGAGCUGAGGCCGGUGAAAAAGUCGACGGUUCUUUCCAAAACUCGUGGGAUAAAUUUUUUCAGUUCUUUGGUCCUUUUUUCGAAGAUGGAGGCAUAAUUAAUCUUAUGCAUUUCUUCACAACAGACGAAUGA